GUGUGAGCGCCGCGACGCCCAGAGCAGUCCCGACGUCAAGCGUCGUGUCGACGUGGGUUUGACGAGAGGCCACGAUAUAUAUAUAUAUAUAUUUUUUUUUUAAUUUUCUCGUCUUCGUCGUCGUCGUCGUCGUCGUUGUUGUUUGUCGCUUUCGUUAUCGUCUUCUUGACUUCCGUCUCUUCCGAUCGGCCAUCGUGGCGGCGCACGCGGCUACACAUCGCCGAUCGGUUUGGUGCGCGACGAAAGGGAGACAGGGAGAGAGAGACAGAGACAGAAACACGUACAACAGUAUACCUUGCUCUUUCCCUCUCUUCUUCUCCUUCAACACACCCCCGCACCCUCUCUCUCUCUCCCUCCCCUCCCCGCCGACGAUUAUCUGUCUUUCUCGAUCUCGACAUUCGCAUGUUCGUUUACGCUUGACAACAUCGUUUCACCGCUGUCGCUGUCGCUGUCGCUGUCUCUGUCCUUUCCAUCCAGUGGUUCACGUGUCCCGCGAAAUGCGUCCGAAAUGCAUCUCCUCUCUGUGGCCACGACUGGGUCUCUCGUUUGCACGAGAGAGGCACGGUCACGGAAAGGAAAGGGGAUGUGACCGCGACCCGAGGAAACGACCAGCUAUGAACCUGCACAAAGGAGAAUGACAUAACACGGCAAGGGUGUAUAGCAGUGGUGCACAACAUUACUCGCUGUGAACCAGUUACGUACGUUUUAUGUGAUAAAAAUAAUUCUACGAAGAAGUUGGACAGUCAGGCUUCCGUGCGAAUAGUAUGUGUUGAUAAACGAACAGAAUAAAUGCGUUAACACUGAACGUUUGAUCAAAUAAAUUCCUGGACAGAAGAGGAUUCGUUGCUGGAUGCUAACUAUAUGAAACUGCAGCGUUGAAAUACAUGCAGCUCGAAACCUUCCAGAAUGAACGCGACGACAACCAACCCCGGUGCAACGAGCACCUUAGCUGAAAUUAUGGGCCUCGAGUCAGAGAUAAGAAUGGAUAAAGCGGAAAACGUUCUGGACAGUGACCUUGAUAUUUCCCCGGUCACUCUGUCGUCGGCGUGGUCCAGGGUGGCGAGACUUCUUUUGUUAGCGUCGAUGGCUGUUGGUGGUAGUGUCGGUAACGUCUUCAUGAUCUCAGCCGUGGUUGUUGAGGAUCAACUCAAGAAACGAGGAAAUGCGUUUCUCGUGAACGUUGCAUUGGCAGACCUAUUAGUAACAGGGCUCGUGAUACCAGUAUCUGUGAUCGUGAUUCUGGCAGGACAUGAAGAGUCAGUGAACACAUGCCGAUUUGAAUGGACUCUCGAAGCCCUUUGCUUUCUGGUCACGGUGCUCACGUUGGUUACGAUAGCAGCCGAAAACUAUAUUCGUUUGUGUCUACCACGAGAAAGGUACGCCAUGCUGACGCCAAGCCGUGUGACGAUGACGAUCAUCGGCCUGUGGAUGAUAUCCGUAAUGGCGGUGGUUCUGCAGUCAAACUUGGACGUAGGACCAGACUUCUGCCGUCGACGUUUCAGCGGAGUAGCCAUGGAGCAAAUAAUCGGAGCCGUUCUUCUAGUAGGAUUGCCAACUUUGGUGACCACCUUCUUGUACGUCGUGCUGGUGAUUCAAGUCCGACACGCCACCAAGGGUUCGUACAAGCCGCCGGUCGCCUUCUUCUGGGACUACGAGCUGACCAAGGCGAACAUCUACAGCUGCGUGAUGUUCAUGAUCUUCUGGCUUCCAUUCGGUUGCGCCGUAUGCCUGAACUCGUUUUACCGGAUAAGCGCCCAUAUCCUCUACAAUUUGGCCUGGUUCGCCCUCUCGAAGUCUUGCUUCAACAAUCUUCUGUACUGCGUGGCGGACCGACACUUCCGCAGCGCCUACGUGAAGCUUUUCCAUUAUUGCUGCUGCAAGACCACGGUGAGUUUCUCGAGGAGAACACGCGGGGACGGGGGACGUAAUCCAAGCGACGUACGUCUGAAGGUUCACAUUAUCCAUUCCUAUACGAGCCCGGCUUCCUGUCGGUCCACGAGAGAGCUACGCAGACUAAACGGACGUGACGUUUACGAGCUCUAAACCGAACGCCGCACUUGUCGAUCAGGAUACAUGUGAAAGCUUACAUCCUUACGUCGACGCAAACGAUCGCCGUCCAGUAGAAAACUUGUUCGUCUUUCGUUUUUCGUCCUCGACCGGCGUCCCCCUUCUGACACGUUCGCGCCUUUCAUUCGUCAAUCUUUAUUCGACGUUGAUGCGUUAAUCCUCUAUUGCGUAAAUGUUAUUUUGUUUUUUGAAAAGUACGUCUUUUAACUACUUACGCGUGAAGAAGUUACCCCUAUUCGACUGAAUAUGAUUGCUUGGCUUUUUAAAUUUUCGCUAUGUAUUCUGAGAAUAUAUAUUUUUAAUUCUUUGUUUUAUUAUGCUACAAUUUAUUAUAAUAAAAUUUUAUUCUAAUGUUUGAAAUACAUAUAUUUAAUACACUAGCAAUACAGAUAAAUGUAUGGAUAUA